AUGACGUCUAUCGCUUCUCUCCUCAACCCGGAGCCUGAAUCGAGAGAGAGAUAUCCCCAACAGCUCCCCACGCCGUCCCCCAGCCGCUUUGCAAGAGAGUACCGCCAGUCCCCCCCUCCAAGGCAGAAAAAACAGAAGAUAUCCAAAGAUGCCGCCGUCUUCACUCGGGGUAGAACGCGAGGAGAGUUGAGGUAUCCUCCUUGCGAGUAUCAGAAUCAAGAACUUGCUGAAGCGCAUAGAGAAUUUCAGAUCCAUCCUAUGGGCCAUAUCACGGAGUACCCAAGGCAUAUUCCAUACAAUAGCGAGAAGAAGUCGUUUUUAGAGAAGACAGGGCGGGAGAGUUUCGAAGUGUUUCAGUAUACGUUCAAGGUUCCUGGAGACGAGAAGACGUACACCGUUAUGUGGGACUACAAUAUCGGCCUCGUUCGAACUACCUCUUUAUUCCGAUGUAACAACUAUUCCAAAACGGCCCCGGCGAAAAUGCUAAACGCAAAUCCUGGUCUCCGCGAAAUCUGUCACAGCAUUACAGGGGGUGCGCUAGCGGCUCAAGGAUAUUGGAUGCCAUUCGAGGCCGCCAAGGCAGUUGCAGCUACUUUCUGUUGGAAGAUUCGCUACGCAUUGACACCUCUUUUCGGCAUCGACUUUCUAUCUAUAUGCAUACCUCCGGACGACCCGCGGUUUGGCAGGUGGGUGAUCGAACAGUCCAUCGUGUGCGACGCUACAAAUUCAGCUAGACAUUACCGGCUCCUUGAAGGACUUUCAAGCAAAAGUACGAACCAGCGGCGGAGUCCUGAUGAACCUUAUCCACGCUUGAAUUCUAACGCAGCUGGAUGGAGUAGGAAGGAACUACGGCCUAAACCUUCUCCCUUAGUGGGAGUAAGUUUCGGGGCAAAUGGGGAUAGGGAAUAUACCGCUGACACUGACGCUGGUGGUGCAUACUGCCUCUCACCGUCCAAAACACGGGAGAGCUUCUGCGCUCCGGCAAGUACACCACGUACGACGGGAACGGAUCAGUGCCGGAUACCUUCUCCUCGGGAAAUACUCUCUUCCCUUAACAACCGGCGGAACAAGGCUACAACGCCAGAAGACAUCCUGGAUACGGACGUUGACAUGGAGACGGAAUCGGAAUUGGGUGAUUCCGCAGAAAGCACGCCCACGGAGCAGGGAUUCCAAGGAGACUUGUAUCGGGAUACGGAUAACGAGAUCAAUUGUGAUAACGAUGCCAACGAUGACGUUGAGGUCGAAGUCACCCCUGAUCGUGGGCGUGAAGGUGAACGCGAAGCUUCACUGCCUAAGAUCACCUACAAUAAGAGGCACGAAGUUGACCGCGCUAAACGGCGUAGCUCGCCUUUACCACUUACAAACGACGCAAGAGCUGCGUAUAUGCUUAUGCGACUGCAUAUGCAGGAUGUGGUGGGUGUGGAUGAGAAGAAGAGGAGACGGGCUUCAGCGUAG